CGUCAGCUUUCUAGGAAGAAGUGCAGUUUCAAGAGAAUAGUUUGGAUUUAUUUCGAAUUGUUUCGGUAUAACAAAAAGCCAGCUGACGGCGAUUCGAUAACCCAAAUCUUAGGAGGUGUGACGCAAACACCUUCGCUUCAAGGAAAUUUGGGUCUUCUGCGCGGCCGUAGAUUUCGGCCGAGUGCGCCUGCGCAUAAGAGUAGCGGCGUUGAGUCAGGCAGUCAGUGGAGAAAACUGCGGUAGCGACCCUCAGACCUCGCCAUGAAGACUCGCUUUAGCACCAUAGACCUCCGCGCGGUACUCGCGGAGCUGAAUGCCAGCUUAAUAGGAAUGAGAGUAAACAAUGUUUAUGAUGUGGAUAAUAAGACCUAUCUUAUUCGUCUUCAAAAACCAGACUUCAAAGCUACACUUUUACUUGAAUCUGGCAUACGAAUUCACACAACAGAAUUUGAGUGGCCUAAGAAUAUGAUGCCAUCUAGUUUUGCCAUGAAGUGUCGAAAACAUUUGAAGAGUCGGCGUUUGGUCAGUGCAAAACAACUUGGUGUGGAUAGAAUUGUAGACUUUCAAUUUGGAAGUGAUGAAGCUGCUUAUCACUUAAUCAUUGAGCUCUAUGAUAGGGGAAACAUUGUUCUUACAGAUUAUGAGUACCUAAUUUUGAAUAUCCUGAGAUUUCGAACUGAUGAGUCAGAUGAUGUUAAAUUUGCUGUUCGUGAACGCUAUCCAGUUGAUCAUGCUAGAGCUGCUGAGCCUUUGCUUACCUUGGAAAGAUUGACUGAAAUAAUAGCCAGUGCACCUAAGGGUGAACUACUGAAGAGAGUUCUUAACCCAUUACUUCCCUAUGGACCAGCUCUCAUUGAACACUGUCUUAUAGAAAAUGGAUUCUCUGGCAAUGUCAAAGUGGAUGAAAAAUUUGAAAGCAAAGAUAUUGAAAAAAUACUUGUUUGUCUGCAGCAAGCAGAAGACUAUAUGAAAACAACAACCAACUUCAGUGGAAAGGGGUACAUCAUUCAGAAAAGAGAAAUAAAACCAAGCUUGGAAGUAGAUAAACCGACUGAAGACAUAUUCACGUAUGAGGAAUUUCAUCCUUUCUUGUUUUCUCAACAUUCACAAUGUCCAUAUAUAGAAUUUGAAUCAUUUGACAAGGCUGUGGAUGAAUUUUAUUCCAAGAUAGAAGGUCAGAAAAUAGAUUUAAAAGCUUUACAACAGGAAAAACAAGCAUUGAAGAAAUUAGAUAAUGUCCGAAAGGAUCAUGAAAACCGAUUAGAAGCUCUUCAGCAGGCUCAGGAAAUAGACAAACUUAAAGGAGAGCUCAUAGAAAUGAAUCUACAAAUAGUUGACAGAGCCAUUCAGGUUGUUCGAAGUGCUUUAGCCAACCAGAUAGAUUGGACAGAAAUUGGGUUAAUUGUGAAAGAAGCCCAAGCUCAAGGAGACCCAGUUGCAAAUGCAAUUAAAGAAUUAAAACUACAAACAAAUCAUGUUACAAUGCUACUGAGAAAUCCAUACUUAUUAUCAGAGGAGGAAGAUGACGAUGUUGAUGGUGACAUCAGUGUUGAAAAAAAUGAAACUGAACCACCAAAAGGAAAAAAGAAAAAGCAGAAGAAUAAACAGCUGCAGAAGCCUCAGAAAAAUAGGCCAUUACUUGUUGAUGUUGAUCUCAGCUUGUCAGCAUAUGCCAAUGCCAAAAAAUACUAUGAUCACAAGAGGUAUGCUGCUAAGAAAACACAAAAGACCGUUGAAGCUGCUGAAAAGGCAUUCAAAUCAGCAGAAAAGAAAACAAAGCAAACCUUAAAAGAAGUCCAGACAGUUACCUCUAUUCAGAAAGCGAGAAAAGUGUAUUGGUUUGAGAAAUUUCUGUGGUUCAUUAGCUCAGAGAACUAUCUAAUUAUAGGUGGACGAGAUCAGCAACAGAAUGAAAUAAUUGUGAAAAGAUAUUUGACGACAGGGGACAUUUAUGUACAUGCUGAUCUUCAUGGAGCUACUAGCUGUGUAAUUAAGAAUCCAACAGGAGAACCAAUUCCCCCUCGGACCUUGACUGAAGCAGGCACAAUGGCACUUUGCUACAGCGCUGCUUGGGAUGCACGAGUGAUCACUAGUGCUUGGUGGGUGUACCAUCAUCAGGUGUCUAAAACAGCACCAACUGGAGAAUAUUUGACAACAGGAAGCUUCAUGAUAAGAGGAAAAAAGAAUUUCCUUCCUCCCUCAUAUCUAAUGAUGGGGUUUAGUUUCCUCUUUAAGGUAGAUGAGUCUUGUGUUUGGAGACAUCGAGGUGAACGAAAAGUCAGAGUGCAGGAUGAAGACAUGGAAACACUGGCAAGUUGUGCAAGUGAACUCAUAUCGGAAGACAUGGAUCAACUAGAUGGAGGUGACAGUAGCAGUGAAGAAGAUAAAGAGGAAUCACACGAAACUCCUGUGGAAGUGGAACUUAUGACUCAGGUUGACCAAGAGGAUAUCACUAUUCAGAGUGGUGGGGAUGAGCUAAAUGAUGAACUAAUUCAGGAAGAAAGCUCUGAAGAUGAAGGAGAAUCUGAAGAUACAGCAAAAGAUCAGGAACCUGUUGGUGAAAUGAAGGAUGAAGAGGAAGAGACAUUAAAUUAUCCUGAUACUACCAUUGACUUGUCCCACCUUCAAUCCCAAAGGUCCCUUCAGAAAUUGGCUUCAAAAGAUGAAUCUUCUAGUAUGAGUGACAGUAAGUUACAGAGUCGGAGACAUUUGUCAGCCAAGGAAAGAAGGGAAAUGAAGAAGAAAAAGCUUCCAAGUGACUCAGGGGAUUUAGAAGUGAUAGAGGUAAAGGACAAAGAAAAAGAAAAUACUCUACACAUUGAAGCUCAUCAGAACACAAACAAAAGUGUCCCAGCUAUGCAGCCAAUGAAACGAGGACAGAAGAGUAAAAUGAAAAAAAUGAAGGAAAAAUACAAAGACCAAGAUGAAGAAGAACGUGAACUCAUCAUGAAAUUGCUGGGGUCUGCAGGUUCAAACAAAGAAGAAAAAGGGAAGAAGGGGAAGAAAGGAAAAACAAAGGAUGAACCUGUGAAGAAACAGCCCCAGAAACCUAGAGGUGGACCAAGGGCUUCAGACAGCAUAAAGAAAGAAACUCCAUCCCUUGAGGUUGCAACUCAUGAGUUACAAGACUUGACUGUAGAUGAUCCACAUGAUGAUAAGGAAGAGCAAGAUCUGGAUCCACAGGGUAAUGAGGAAAAUCUCUUUGACUCUUUGACUGGACAGCCACAUCCUGAAGAUGUAUUACUGUUUGCCAUUCCAAUAUGUGCCCCUUACACCACCAUGACAAACUAUAAAUACAAAGUGAAACUUACUCCUGGAGUUCAGAAAAAGGGAAAAGCUGCAAAAACAGCCUUGAAUAAUUUCAUGCAUUCCAAAGAAGCAACAGCAAGAGAAAAAGACUUAUUUCGCAGUGUAAAGGACACGGAUUUAUCAAGAAACAUUCCUGGCAAAGUCAAAGUGUCUGCACCUAAUCUUCUGAAUGUAAAAAGGAAAUAGCUGAAAUGAAAUCCUAAAAUAUUUGAGAAGAGCCAAUUUUAUAGCCUUUUGGAAGUUCACAGAUGAAAACACCAUGCAACAAGACUUCCGCAUUUAAAACAAAUGAACUAAAUAUUGCCUUGCUAUAUUCACCAAAAGGACUUUGGGUUUUUUUUCCAGUUUUUUAGAGAGGAAACACUAUGAUAGGAUUUCCUAAAAUAUUUGUGGACAGUUAAAUGCUAAUUGUAUAUAUCUGUAGUUAUCCUACGGUUCUUGAAAUUUGGGAGGUUAAUACUAAGUUUUCAUUUCAUGUUAUAAAGAAGUCAGACAGUGAAGUGGCUCAGUUGCUUAGACUAUUGACUUGUUAGUCUGCCAUAUAGAACAACUAAUACAUCUUUUCCUCACAGGCCAGUCACAAGAUUUUUUUUGUUUUGUGUUUUUCUGGUGGUAUGGUGUCGGGGGGUUAAAUAUUUAGGAUUAAGUCUUGGAAACCUUCUGCCUUUACUUAUCCUUGUCAAAAAAUAUAUUAGACCAUAUUUAAAAUACACAUAACACCUAGAAAAAAUUGGCAUUGUUCAUUUCCAUGCAUUUACACAAUUUCAGUUUUCAUCCUGAUUUCUUUCUCAUACUCUCAGUUUUAUACCAAUUUAUUUUCUACCUCUAGUAAUUAUCAGCAUGUUACAGAUUAUCUUAACCUAUGAUAUCAUAAGUGCACUUUUAGGCUUAUCACUAAAGACUCCUGACCCAGCUCCUCUUAUCUCCUAACAGAAGAGAGAACUAAGUCCUAUAUCAUUCCCAUUCUUUGAUGAGCUAAAAAACUGUUAAUUAUUAAAUGAUUAGACAAUACCUACAGUCAAUAUGACCACUGGCCCCACCCCUAUACCAAAGCAUUAGUAAGGUCAAGUACUAAACAGCUGUUGGACCUUCCAGAAUUUCUUUAACCAGCUUAGUCCUGUUGGGAAUAUUUCUUCAUUUGAAAUUAAUGUUAAAAAAAAAAACCAAACCUUUGUAAUUAUAUAGCCUAGUAUUGUAAGUACAAAGACUACUCUUGCCAUUAAAGAAAAAUACUAA